CUCCUGUCACUCCCACUGCAGAGUUCGCCUGACGCCCACUUCCAGAGACGUGACUGGGCGCCGACGUUCGCCAUGUUGUUUCCUAUGUAGCUGCUGCGGCAUAGACCAGGGGAGCUGCUAGGGGCAGAGAGGUACCGGCGGCGGCUCACGGGCGGGGUGGUGGCAGGAAGUGAUCGCAGUAUCCUUGCUGGCAGCAUACACCUCUGUGUACAGUUCUGCAGGAACUACUGCACUGCAAGACCCCCCAGGUGUACAAUGCUCAGCAUGUAGUUGCUGAACGAUGCUGAUAAUUGAAACAAGAAGAACAAGAAGUUAAAGAGUUUGUUAGUAUUGUUACAAUGGCAGCCAAGUCCUCUUUGCUAAAAGUGAUCCUUUUGGGAGAUGGAGGUGUGGGAAAGAGUUCUCUCAUGAACCGAUAUGUGACCAACAAGUUUGACACACAGUUAUUUCAUACAAUAGGAGUUGAGUUUCUGAACAAGGAGUUGGAAGUGGAUGGCCAUUCAGUAACCAUGCAGAUCUGGGACACUGCAGGUCAGGAACGCUUCAGGAGCCUGAGGACCCCUUUCUACAGAGGAUCUGACUGUUGUCUUCUCACAUUCAGCGUGGAUGACUCUCAGAGCUUUCAAAACCUAAACAACUGGAAGAAAGAAUUUAUCUACUAUGCAGAUGUCAAAGACCCAGAUAGUUUCCCAUUUGUAGUUUUGGGAAACAAAAUUGAUAUCAAUGACCGUCAAGUAUCACUGGAAGAAGCUCAGGCUUGGUGCAGAGACAAUGGAAAUCAUCCCUAUUUUGAGACCAGUGCCAAGGAUGCCACUAAUGUAGCAGCAGCAUUUGAAGAGGCUGUCAGGAGAGUUUUGGCUAUUGAAGAAAGAUCGGACCAGCUGAUCCACAAUGAUACAGUUAAUCUACAUAGAAAACCUAAGUCUAGUUCAGCUUGCUGUUGACUUUUAGACUUUUCCAAUAAUCAACCUCUAACACCCAUCAAACAAGAUGGACCUUUCCGCCCUGUAGAGCCCAAACAAUAAUAAACAGACCAUUCUGAUUCACUGAA